AUGGAGCAUCACGAACAUCAGAUACAGUUUUUGCCCAAAGAUCCCCUUGAAAUAGACUAUGAGGCCUUACCCGAAGAUGCAUCAUUAGCCGCACAUUUGAGUGCAGGUGCUUUGGCUGGUAUAGCUGAACAUACGGUUAUGUUCCCCAUCGAUUCAAUCAAGACCAGGAUGCAAAUGAACUUAUCAACAAAGGACUUGUCACGAGGCUUGGUCAAGUCCAUAUCACGUAUCAGCUCAACCGAAGGAUUCAGAGCAUUGUGGAAGGGAGUUUCUUCAGUAAUACUAGGCGCUGGUCCUGCUCAUGCAAUUUAUUUUUCAGUGUUUGAAUCAACAAAGACAUUUCUUGUGAAUAGAUUGACCAAUAGUCCUCAUUCCAACAAAAUAGUCACUGAUGCAAACCACCCACUCAUAGCCAGUUGCGCGGGAGUGGCUGCAACCACAGCAUCAGAUGCCUUGAUGACCCCUUUCGACAUGUUGAAGCAAAGAAUGCAAGCUAGUGCUGCAUACAAUGAAAACAAGUCAACGUCGGUAAGAUUGAUCAAGUUGGCUCGUGAUAUAUACAAAAACGAAGGUAUCUCGGCCUUUUUCAUUUCAUAUCCUACAACCUUAUUCACAAAUAUUCCAUUUGCUGCAUUGAAUUUCGGAUUCUACGAAUACAGUUCAUCAUUGCUCAAUCCAAAUAACUCAUACAACCCAUACUUGCAUUGUGUUAGUGGAGGUAUAGCGGGUGGUGUUGCUGCGGCAUUAACCACGCCGUUGGAUUGUGUCAGAACAGUGUUGCAAACUAAAGGUAUGUCCCAGAAUGAAUCUUUGAGACAUGUCACUGGGUUCAAGAGUGCAGCUAGAGCGUUGUACAAAGAGGCUGGGUAUGCUGCAUUUUGGAAAGGUCUCAAGCCAAGAGUGAUAUUCAAUAUCCCAGGAACCGCCAUUUCGUGGACAGCGUACGAAUUUUGCAAGGAGAUUUUGAUUAAAGGAUAG